AUGGUCGUGGACUUGAAGCGUCUGCUGGCUGUAACAGACUACGACUUUCAAGAGAUUCAGGAAGUAUUCAAACAGCACAUUCGCCAAGGCGUACAGAAAAUUAAGGACAUGCUUGGCAGGGGCGAAAGCCCACGCAAAAUCAUGGCCGCCUGCUCGGAUCCAUACGCAGCACCAGCUUCGUACUUGCAUCAUGCAGGAAGGCUUCAAAUGAGGGACUUGGAACAAAGCAUGAGAAUGCUCAAGCGAGUGCCAAAAGUGAACAGCGGAGACGGAGAUAUUAAGAUUGCGGCGGCAGUAGCUUUGAAGCGCCUCGGGUUCGACGAGGAACAGCAGUUCCUGGAUGCGGCUUCCAAUGGAGAUGUCGACACCAUUCGCGCCCUACUGUCCAAAGUUGAUGUCAACUGGCAGGUUCAGAAAUGUGUCGACCGAGCCAACUAUUGUGAUAUGAAUGGCGGCGAAACAGCCCUGCAUCUUGCGGCAAAAGGGGGGCACACAGAGGUUGUAAGGCUCCUGCUGGAAGAAAAAGGCAUCAAAACUGACAUCAGAGACCGGGGUGGUCAGACUCCUCUUUUCCUAGCCGCCAACAAGGAUAUCAUGAUUAAAUUGUUGGAUCACGCGGUGGCAACUGGAGUCCAAUUGGGGGGCCGGUGGGGCUUUUUGCACUCUACCAACUACAAAAGCAGAAAUGUGCUUCACGUCAAUUGCAUUGCCGGCAACAUACCCAUUGUGGAGGAGCUCUUGCAGAGGGGAUUGGAUCCCAAGGAAACCGGCCACGAUGGCGUGACAUGUCUUCAUCUUGCCUGUGGGGCCGGACAUUUGGAGUUGGUGCACAUGCUUCUCAAGGCAAAGGCUCACGUCGACAAAAAGGCAAGAACCAACAAAACGCCGCUCUAUUUUGCUGUUGCCGGUGGUCACGCAGACGUCGUGAAGGCUUUGCUGGAGCGCAAGGGUCUGGAUGUCGGCGUAUGUCCCAAAGAGUCUGGGGCGUACAGCGCUCGAACCCUGGAUCCUGCUCUUUGUGUUGCCAGCAAGAGACGAGACAUCAAAAUGGUGAAGAUGUUGCUGGACUAUCCUGGUCUCGACGCUGCCUCUGUCGAAGCUGCCCUAUCCGCAGCCGUGGAAUUGCGUCACCCGGAUGUUGUGGAGCUUCUCUUUGACAGUGGCAAGGUGGGUUCGCCCGCUUUGGAAACGGCUCUCGUCGUGGCAACCAAGGAGUCCAACAAGGAUAUGGCUUCCUUGCUCCUCACGCACACUUUGGCUGAUACUCGUUGCAUCGGUCCGGCUCUUGUAACUGCAUCCGAGAAAGGCAACGUGGAAAUGGUAUCAUUUCUCUUGCAACAGACACGCAUGGAUCCGGUUUUUUGCGUCCCACGGGCACUUGACGUUGCUUGCUGCAACAACGAUCCGAAGGUGGCGAAGCUUUUGCUUGACACCAUCGAAGUCAAAAUUUGGGAAGGGAGCGGCAGGGCGCUCUACCACGCGUUGAGGAACGACCACCGCGAGCUCUUCGGAUUGUUACUAGAGAAUGGCGCCGAUGUCGGCUACAAAAGCGGUGAUGGCUGGACGGUUUUGCACACUGCCAUCGAUCAAGGCAACAUCGGCGUGAUACGGCUCCUGUUGGAUCAUGGUUCGGACCCCAACAUACGAGACAAUUUUGGCUGGUCUGCUCUCCAUUGGGCAAGCGAGAAAGGUGACGCUGGCAUUGUCACGUUACUCCUGGAGUUUGGCGCGAAUGGUGACCUCAAGACCGGCAAGGGCGACACACCGCUGGAUGUUGCUCGUUCCAGGAAGCAACUGGACGUGGUCAGGCUUUUGGUGCUCCGUCUCUCGAGGGAGAUCAAUCCGUGA